UGCAAAUCUGAAAAAGAAACCGAAAAGAUUUUUGUGUACAUCCCUGGGAAUAUUCCUCUGCCCUCGUCACAGAUGCAUUAGGUUUCAGGAGCAAUGGCAGGCGCUGGAGAGCGCAAAGGAAAAAAAGAUGACAAUGGCAUUGGCACAGCCAUUGACUUUGUCCUGUCCAAUGCUCGGCUUGUGCUUGGUGUGGGAGGUGCUGCCAUGCUGGGGAUUGCCACAUUGGCUGUCAAACGGAUGUAUGAUCGGGCAAUCAGUGCUCCAACCAGUCCCACACGCAUGAGCCAGUCAGGAAAGAGAAGCUGGGAGGAGCCAAGAUGGCUUGGGUCAUCAUCUCGGUUACUGAACCAAGAUAUGAAAACUAAUCUUAGCCGCUCUCUGCAGACUCUUCCUACUGAUCCUUCAGCAUUUGAAAUGGACUUCGUCAAAUCCACAAAGCAUAAAUCAUCUGUCAAAAGAAGCCAAGUAGAGUUGAAGAAGUCCCGCCUCAGAAUGUCCUUGCAAGAGAAGCUGUUUGCCUUUUACCGAAGGAAGGUGGCCAUCCCAGCUGAAGAACAAGCCCGGGCCAAGCAAGCUGCUGUGGAUAUUUGUGCUGAACUGCGUGGCUUUCUCCGUGCUAAGCUGCCAGACAUGCCUCUGCGUGAAAUGUAUUUGAGUGGCAGCCUCUAUGACGACUUGCAGGUUGUGACAGCUGAUCACAUCCAGCUCAUUGUUCCUUUGGUGCUGGAGAAGAACUUGUGGUCAUGCAUUCCAGGCGAAGACACCAUCAUGAACAUCCCUGGCUUUUGCUUAGUACGUCGGGAAAAUCCAGAGUAUUUCCCUCGUGGGAGCAGUUACUGGGACCGCUGUGUGGUGGGGGGUUAUCUCUCCCCUAGGUCUGUGGCUGACACCUUUGAGAAAGUAGUGGCGGGCUCAAUCAACUGGCCAGCUAUUGGGAGCCUCCUAGAUUAUGUGAUACGUCCGGCAGCACCUCUGGAAUCUCUAACAUUGGAGGUACAAUAUGAAAGAGACCGGCACCUACUAAUAGACUUUUUGCCCUCGGUGACACUAGGUGACAUUGUCUUGGUGGCCAAGCCACACCGCUUGGCCCAGUAUGAUAAUUUGUGGCGACUUAGUCUUCGGCCAGCAGAGACGGCUCGCUUACGGGCCUUAGACCAGGCUGAUUCUGGCUGCCGCUCCUUGUGCCUCAAGAUCCUCAAGGCCAUAUGCAAGCUGAACCCGGCGCUGGGUCACCUUUCUGCCAGCCAGCUCACCAACGUCAUACUGCACCUGACCGAGGAGGAGAUGGACUGGUCCCAAGAUGUGCUCGCUGAUCGUUUUCUGCAGGCAUUGAAAGGACUGAUAGGCUAUUUAGAGGUGGGGGUUCUUCCCAGUGCUCUGAAUCAAAAGGUGAAUUUGUUUACAGAGCUGACUCCUGAGGAAGUGGAUGAGUUAGGCUACACCCUGUACUCUUCCCUUUCAGAACCAGAAGUCCUGUUGCAGAUAUAACAGCUGCCUUAUGUGUGAAAAUGGUGGUGUGAGCUACAGGUUCUCUGACACUUACUGAUAUAUGCACACCCUGUCCUGUUCGUUUGGCAAGUACACCCCGGGGUUUCUUAAUUAUACUCUGGAUGGUCCUCUAGAUUUCUUGGUGCUUCUGGUCCAGUUCUACUGCUCUGCCAACAGCUGUCUUAAGGAGCAAGAAGGAAUGUAGAACUGAUGUUCAGAGUUGUGUGUAAGGUUUUGCUGCUCUAACAACUGCCUGCUCCAACAGUGUGCAUUCCUUUUUCUCUGUUACUGUGCUGCAGUGAAAACAGAUAGUCCCAUCCCAGAAAAGGGUGGAACUGGGCCAGUAAAACCACUGGUAAUUGUAGGAACCACUUGCGAGGCAAUGUAUUCUUCCUUAGGUUCUGUCCCCUGCUGAUUGUUUGCUUUUUUUGGUCCUCUGCAAGCGCAAAAUGUGCACGGCAGCCUGAAUGAGAUGUAUCAAUGGCAACAGUAUUGAUAGCAAGGGAUGAAUUCAUGUGAGUGCUGCACAGUGACUGUAUUUAUAGUGUUCAGAGGAAUUUCCUGGGAGACUUUUCUUAUUGCAUCACUUCUUGCCAUUGUUGAGCCCUGAUUGGUGUUCCCAUCUUUGGGAAGUUCUGUGGUUCUGAUCUAGGAUGUACUCCGUUGCCACUGUAGUGCCCUUCUUCACACACUUAAUGCAAUUCUUGUUGCACCCACAUGUUUGAAAAAUUGAUAUCUUACUUUACCUUUCUAGAAAAAAGGCAGAUCCCCUACCCACUGGUUGGUCUUGAGAUCACCUCUCAGUUCCUGAUUAUAUUUUCCCGAGAAAGUAGGAACGUUUGGAAAGGAGCUCUUUGCAGUCUUUAAUUGUGUGGAAGUCUCAAGACAAAGAGGCAUCCUUCACAAACGUCUCCAUCACGUGCACUUCAGUUAACAGCAGCUAAUCACCCAAGUGAAGGGUACUUAAGGAUCAGUCCUCAGUUUUUCAAAUGUUAGUAGAACAAUGGGAGACUGAUGGGCCCUGCUGUCUGCCUGCUGAAAAUCAAAUAUGUAGUGAUGCGAGCAGUGAAGGUUCUGGAGAGAGGUGAAUGUGAUUUUGAGCUGGUGACAUACACUAAAAUUGCCUUGUUUAUGAAUUUGCAGAAGCAUAUUUUACACUUUGGUCCUGUUUCUUCUAGAGAACCGAGAGCUUUCUACUCCCAUUGCCAUUGUUACUCCACCCACUCCAUCUGCAUCUCCUUUUCUGCAGGCAUGUAAUGGGCAUAGACCAUGAAUGUGUUCUCUCUCAGGAUGACUCUUCUACCACUGUCACCACUCAGAUAUUCCCUUAGUUGUAUACAUGUGGGUUUUGCAUAGAUCGCCCCCAGGUUUUCAUUUCCCCAGUACCUACCAUUGCUAAGGCAGCACAAACAUGGAGGUGAUUUGCAGGUAUGGAAACUUGGGAAGAAGUUCUCUUCCCUGUUCUUCCUUUUGAAGAUGGUGCUUAUGUUAACAAGUAAACUCUUGGUAUGGCCUUUAAUUGGCAUUCCCCAUUUAGAAGGUGCCCCCAUUCUUGUCCCACCUAUUUAAUAUUAGAUCUUUGCUAGAGUAUUUAUUGCACAGCAAUGAAAGUGUUGCAGCUGGUUAAGCUUCACCGGUCUGCUGGCCAAAGACGUGAAAGGUUUUAUUAUGGAUGUCUGUCCAGCUGUAGCCUGGAAAAACACCAAGUUUGUUACUCUUAACAUUUCCUUCCUUUUUCAAGGGUUGAUUGGCUGCUUUAUUUUUCUUUUAAAUCAACAUCCUUCUUCCUCUACUCUCCUUCUAAUAUGUCUUCCUGUCACACUUGCUGGUGAGUGAAGUGUUGUGUGUAAAGCAGGUAGCGUGCCACUGCAAUCUGAACAAAUAUUUUCAAAACUUGGACAAAGCCGCACUGUCACCUUUUCUCAUCCUUCCAGUGCUCGUUUCCAAGUAGUCUAUUCCUAAGUGAAGUGGAUCAGUAGCAAAAGAGGAGAAGCCACUGAAUGGAUGGGAGGAACUAAGUAUCUCCUGCCCUUCCACUUGUUAAACGCAUAUCAUUACAAGCUCAUUUUAAAAACAACUUCUUUAUAACUUAUUAGAAACAUAACAGAUUGUGUGUAUGUGUAUGUUGCUGUUAGCCUGGAUUGAAUGGAAUGUAGUCUGAGGCUUUGCCAGCAGCAAGACACCUUACUUUCUUUAUUCAGUUUGUUACUUUAGCCGUUCCAUUCUGAAAAGUAAUAUGUUUGGGGGUAGGUAUGUGUAAAAGGAUGCCUACCUCAUAGUGAUAAGACUGGUGCUCAUAAUCUCACAAGCAACAAGCAGUAGAGUCUUUGCCCCUGGCCACUCAGUGGUAUAACCAAAGCUUUAAAAGGUAGAAGAAACUGGACUGUCCAGUUCCCUCAGUUCUGGGGAGGGCCGUGCAUCUUGCACAAGGUUGAGGCACCAGGUUGUGUGAAGCAAGAACCUUGCAGUCAUGGUGCUGUGAAAAUAGAGAAUUCAGUCUUUGGAAAUACUAAGCUGACAUAUCUCAGUAUUCCCUCAAAAUGCAUAAUGUUUGGUGAUUUUAGCAUGGAGAGCUUGGUCUUCAGUAUCCAUGAAUUCCUGUGAAAUGUCAGAACAAAAUCUGAAUGUCUGUGGUGUGAAAUAGAGCUCGUGAGCUGUGACGGUGGAGAACCCAGUGAGUCCAAAGGCUGUCACAGAACCAUCAGUCAUGGGAACGUUUUGGUGUAAUGCCUUAAUGUUUGCAUCAUGGAAAACCGAUACGACUUUUCCCUGAACCACAAGGCGGGGGACCAACUAGCACAACUGUAGAUGUUUGUUGCAGGUAAAGUCUGCUACUUAUUCUGAGUCAGAUAAAAUUCUUAACAUGAAAAAAUAAAUUAUGUAAUUUAUAGAAAGUGCAGGAAGUUUAGGUACCUGUGAUACUGAAGAUGAAGGAAGGAAUAUGUUCGCUUGUCUCAAGCCCUAAUGCUCUGUAAGAGGAUUAGAGGAGGAAAGUUUAGUGCAUGGUCUGUGACAGUAUGUGGAAAUUCUGAAAUAAAGUAACUUUCCACAACA